ACGACUGCAAGAGCUAUAGGACCUCUGGGGUUGUAAAGGAAACGAAGCUAUUUAUUUCCAUCAAACAAUUAAAUUUGGGGGCUUCGAAGAUCUGAUAAAAAAUGGCGAUGGCUGCGUUGAGGAGAGAAGGAAGGCGAUUUGCCCCUCUCAUGUCUCAUAAUCCCAUUAAUGCGGUUCGAUCUUCGCUUAUCAGCGAGGAGUUGGCUCCUCAGGGCGCACGUUCUAUCUCAACUCAAGUUGUCAGAAACCGGAUGAAGAGUGUUAAAAAUAUUCAGAAGAUCACAAAAGCAAUGAAGAUGGUUGCAGCUUCAAAGCUACGAGCAAUUCAAACCAGAGCAGAAAAUUCACGUGGCCUGUGGCAGCCAUUUAGUGCACUUCUUGGGGAUACUCCUAGUGUUGAUGUCAAGAAGAAUGUUAUUGUUACUGUUUCAUCUGACAAAGGUCUAUGUGGUGGAAUCAAUUCUACAUCAGUCAAGAUCAGCCGAGCUCUUCAUAAGUUGAACGCUGGUCCGGAGAAAGAAGCAAAGUAUGUUGUUGUGGGAGAAAAGGCAAAGGCUCAACUUAUCCGUGACUCAAGGAAGGACAUUGAGUUAUCUAUAACCGAGUUGCAGAAGAAUCCUCUGAACUAUACUCAGGUUGCUGUACUUGCUGAUGAUAUCCUAAAGAAUGUUGAAUAUGAUGCUUUGAGAAUUGUUUUCAACAAGUUCCACUCAGUUGUUCAAUAUUAUCCAACAAUUGCAACUGUAUUAUCCCCUGAGGUUGUGGAGAGAGAGGCUGAAUCUGGUGGAAAGCUUGGUGAGUUGGAUUCUUAUGAAAUAGAAGGUGGGGAGACCAAAGCAGAAGUGCUUCAGAACCUGACAGAGUUCCAGUUUGGUUGUGUUCUUUACAAUGCAAUAUUGGAGAAUGCAACCAGUGAGCAAGGGGCUAGGAUGUCUGCCAUGGAUAGUUCCAGCAGAAAUGCUGGUGACAUGCUUGACCGCCUCACUCUUACUUAUAACAGAACCCGUCAAGCAUCAAUCACUACUGAGCUUAUUGAGAUUAUAUCUGGAGCUUCAGCACUGGAAGGUUAAGUUCAGGAAGCACAGUCUACCUGGCGAAAAUAAAAAUGUUGAGAGGUCUGUUUACCCUUUAUGGGAUCAUCCUAUUUUAAAGGCAGUUUUUGGUUGAGCUGCUACUUUGAAUAAUCUACCCAAGUCGAGAACUUUUUUUCUGGAAAUUCUGUGACCAUUUUUAUGUUUUUGAUCAUUGGGGGCUCCUCUCUGUCAACUUAUUUCAUGUAAUGGCAUUUGGGGUCCUUUC